AUCCGGAAUCCGGGCGCAAUCAAUCCCAAACCGAGCCCUAAGUGACUGGACUCAGGCAAUAGCCAUAUAACUUGCAGGGUCUGCCACGCCCGCACCAUCGCCAUGUUUUUCUGGUCUUUAUCAACCAAGAUCUGUGAUCUGAGGUGCUACGUACCUUUCCCUUCCUUUUCAUUAGAGCUGUGCUCGUUUCCGUUCUCUAUCUAGACUACUCCACCUCUUGGGGGCACAUACAUUCUUUAACUUUGUUCUUUUUUGCUACCUUCAUUUGACAUUACCUGAAAGCAUCAGUACCGACAAUGAAGCUCACCACCUCCCUGGCAGUCAGCGCUCUUCUGGCCGCAGGCACCGCUCUAGCCGCGCCCCACGAGGCCCGCCAGCAGCGCCGCCAAUUCGGCAGCGGCGUCCCCGACGGCGACGGCGCAGCAGCAGCAGUGAACGGCUUCACCAGCGGCGGCCGAAACCAAGGCCAGGGGCAGGGGCAGGGGCAGGGGCACACCGACUGCAACAGCAGCAGUCACCAACAACAACCGACCCAAACGGCCGCCCCAACGAGCUACCACUACACCAACCCCAGCGUGGCGGCGCCCACCACCACCGCGAGCGUGGACCACCGCGCCAGCACCAGCACGGCGACCAACUACCAGAUCAACGAGAACUGGGCGGGCGCGGUGCUGGAAUCGGCGCCGGCGUCCAGCGCGACGUACACGUACGUGGCGGCGACGUUCACGCUGCCGGCGGUGACGCCGACGGCGGCGGCCAGCAGCGCGGACACGCAGGCGGUCUCGUUCUGGGUGGGGAUCGACGGGGCGACGGCGGGUAACUCGAUCUGGCAGACGGGGGUGGACAUCUACGUGGACAGCCGGAACGAGACCUCGUUCGCGGCGUGGUACGAGUGGUACCCGGCCAACUCGGUGGACGUGGAGAUGGACUUCGCGAUCGGGGAUGUGGUGUUCGCCUCGGUCGAGGCGACGAGCAGCACGGCGGGCACGGCGGUGAUCGAGAACCGGACCACCGGCAAGAAGCUGACGAUGCACGCGACGGCGCCGAGUGACAGUGCCAAGCUCGAGGGGCAGAAUGCCGAGUGGAUCGUCGAGGAUCUGGCGGUGGAUGGGGACGGGUUGACGCUCGUGGGCUUUGAGGAUGCCGUGUUCACGGGCUGUGUGGCCGAGACGGCGGAUGGGGAGAGCUAUGGUCUUGAGGAUGGGGCGGCGCUGUAUGCCGUUCAGGAUACGUAUAGCUCGAGUGUGCAGGCGGUGCCGGAGAUUGUGAGUGGUGAGAAGUUGGUGGUUAGGUAUCAGUGAUUAAGCAGAGGUUGUGGUGGGGAAAGGGAGAGCAGGGGUGCAGGGAUAAAGAGGGAUAUAGGGUUGUCGUUUAUAGCGGUGAUUGUGUAAACUGAAAUAAUUGUUGGUAAUCCUGAAAAUAGUUAUCCGAUGUUAUAUUGAAGCUAUACCGCAUGCACUCCAUCAUUAGUAGUUCGACCUGAGAUUAAUCAGUCAUAUAUUAAAGAGGCAUGCUUGCUUCCCUGAUAUACAAACGCAUCUCUCAUGCUCAACUCGGACUCACCAUGCAUCACAAAUCAACCCAACAACACCAAACCAUCCCAUUACCCACUGUCCCCCCCCUGAACCCCCAAACCCAU